AUGGUUGUAGUCUUUGUGAUGACUUCGAACAUGGGUAAGUACGGAGGUUUUUUGAAUUUGCAACGAACUAUUCCGGUGAUUAAAAAUUAUAUUAUAAUAAGUUCGGCGCAAAUUGCAAGUGGAAUUUUCUGAAAAGUAUGCGAAGUUUUUAGACUGGGCCUUAGCUUACCUGUUAUACUACAAUAAAUAGUAUCAGUCUGUCGGGAAAAUAAUGUGGCUUUGUCGCGCCUUGAAAUUCCCCAUUAUCGCCUUCUGACGGUUCGCCGAGGCUGUAGAUUUGGUGCGCGACUGCGACAGGACGAGGCAUUUUGCUGCGGCGAAUCCACACUAUUUUCCCGACAAAACGAUUUGGCCAUACCUUUGCCUGUUUACUGCGGAAAAAAUUGAUUUUUUGUGAAAACAUUUCCCUCUACGGUUCAAAUCGGCAUGAAAUUUUUUAUGUUAAACUUCGCAAAAAUUGUCAAAUUUUUCCCAACAUUCAAUCUAAAAAUCUCGGUCGUUACUGCAAAUAACAUAUAAAACUUAUUUUUCAGUCCUCGCCGAGAAGAUUCACGCUUGCAUCCCCGCUGAUUCCUGUGGUGGAAAGAAAAUCAACGGCAUCGACAUCGAGUACAAUUGUGUUUGCCAUGAGGGCUGGGCGGGACAGUAUUGCGAUCAAAAGUCGAACAGGACCAAUCGAUUGAGUUUUCGGACGCGGCGAGUGGCCUCAAGAUCGCCGCAAUUCUACUGCGAAGACAUUGAAACAAAGUGUGUGAAUGGUGUGACAGAAGUGACGAAGAAAACGGCCAAAUGUUGA